GUGGGCAUUGUCGGAAUGAGGAAGGUUGUUGUGGCCGGCGGCGUCUCUCGUCUCCCCGCGCACGGAGAAGGCGCUGCCUGAGGGGAGGAGCUGCGGGGACAUUGGGCGGGGUGACAGCUGAAGCUGACCAAACCCCCCCCCCCCCCCCCCCCUUGGAGGCGGGUGGAAGACAAGGGCCGCGGAAAUGCUGGCACGCCGACUAUUUGCCGAAGAAGCCGCCACGCCGACGGAUCCCAGCGGCUGAGGAAGGGGGGAGCAGAGGGAGAGUAGGGGAGGAAGGCGCGACAUGUUCCGCAACGCGAUCAACCGAUGGGACAGUGGGUCAGCAAGAGACUGCCUGGGGAGUGAGGUAAAAAGAACACACAGACCUCUAAGAACAGGAGGAAAACAACAGAAGUGUGCUGGUGAAGAAAAACGAGUUGACAAUCGCACAAUUUAUGUUGGACACCAUCAAAUUCCUGGAGUAGAACCAUUUCUCCCUCAGAAUUUCAGUGACAAUAGAAUAAUUUCUUCAAAGUAUACAUACUGGAAUUUUAUUCCUAAAAAUUUGUUUGAACAGUUCAGAAGAAUUGCAAAUUUUUACUUUCUUAUCAUAUUCCUUGUACAGGUUAUUGUUGAUACUCCAACUAGCCCAGUAACAAGUGGCCUCCCCCUCUUUUUUGUGAUUAUUGUCACUGCAAUCAAACAAGGCUAUGAGGACUGGCUCAGGCAUAAAGCAGAUAAUUCUGUGAAUAAAAGCCCUGUCUAUAUUGUUAAUAGUGGACGAAUAGUGGAAAAACAAAGUGAAAAGAUUCAGGUUGGAGAUAUUGUUUGUGUGAAGGAAGAUGAAACGUUCCCAUGUGAUCUUAUCCUUCUGUCGUCAAGCAGAGAAGAUGGUACAUGCUAUGUUACCACUGCUAGUUUGGAUGGGGAGUCAAGUCAAAAGACAUAUUUUACUGUGCCAGACACCAAUGCAUUCCGUACCGAAAAGGAAAUAGAUUCUUUGAUUUCCAGAAUUGAAUGUGAACAACCUCAGCCUGACCUUUAUAAGUUUGUUGGACGAAUUCAUGUUUUCAGUGAUAUACAAGAGCCAGUUGCAAGAUCUUUGGGUCCCGAGAACCUGCUGCUGAGAGGAGCAACCUUGAAAAACACUGACAAGAUAUAUGGUGUUUCCAUAUAUACUGGGAUGGAAACCAAAAUGGCAUUGAACUACCAAGGAAAAUCACAGAAACGAUCAGUGGUGGAGAAGUCUAUUAAUGCAUUUUUAAUUGUAUAUUUGAGCAUAUUGGUCAGUAAAUCUUUGGUAGGCACUACAUUGAAGCACAUCUGGCAACUUGAUCCUACAAAUGAUGAACCAUGGUAUAGCUUAAAAGAAAAAAAUACAAACAAGUUUAUCAAGAUGUUCACCGACUUCCUCUCCUACAUGGUACUCUUCAAUUUCAUUAUUCCUGUCUCCAUGUAUGUCACUGUGGAGAUGCAGAAAUUCUUGGGUUCAUACUUCAUUACAUGGGAUAAAGAUAUGUAUGAUGAUCAUUUGGGUGAAGGUGCACUGGUGAACACAUCUGAUCUCAACGAAGAGCUGGGACAGAUCGAGUAUGUGUUCACUGAUAAAACGGGAACCCUGACAGAGAACAACAUGGAAUUUAUUGAAUGUUGUAUAGAUGGAUUCAAAUAUAAACACGUAGGAGUUGAAUUGUCGGUUGUAGAUGGCCUUUCUUCAACUGAUGGUCCCCAUCGUAGAAUCUGUGGAAUGGCUGGAAAGGAAAAAGAAGAGCUGUUCUUUCGUGCUUUGUGUCUAUGCCACACUGUUCAGAUAAAAGUCGAGGACAAAGUUGACGGCUUGGUAAAGCAGCAAGGGACCCAAUGCACAUACAUCUCAUCCUCUCCUGAUGAAGUUGCUUUAAUACAAGGAGCUAAAGCGUUGGGCUUCACCUUCCAAGGAAUGAAGAAAAAUUUGAUGAAAGUACAAAACAGAGACGAGGAAGUUGAAAUGUAUGAACUUCUGCAGAUCCUUAGCUUUGACCCUGUUCGCCGACGCAUGAGUGUAAUAGUAAAAGAUCAUUCAGGAAAAAUGUUCCUUUUCUGUAAGGGAGCGGAUUCUUCCGUUUUACCAAGGGUGAAUGCUGGAAAACAAGAGGAAAUAAAACUACAUGUGGAACACUGUGCAGUGGAUGGUUUAAGAACACUAUGUGUCGCUUAUAAAGAACUUACUCAGAAUGAAUAUGACCAGAUCAGUGCACAGCUUCAUGCUGCCCAAAUGGCUCUAAAGGACAGAGACGAAAAGCUAGCAGAAGCUUAUGAUGAUAUUGAAAAUGGUUUGCAUUUAAUUGGAGCAACAGCAGUGGAGGAUAAGCUCCAAGAUCAAGCUGCAGAAACUAUAGAAGCCCUGCACUCUGCAGGUAUGAAUGUUUGGGUACUCACAGGGGACAAGAUGGAAACUGCAAAGGCCACGUGUUUUGCCUGCAGGCUUUUUCAUACCAAUAUGAAGCUUUUAGAGCUGACGACCAAAAACAUUGAGACGUACAGAGCAAGAGGCGCGGAGAAAAUCCACGAGCUGCUGCUAGAACUCCACAAGGUGGUUGUCCAAGACAAGCGAUGUUCCUCUGCAAGCCUUUUGAGAAGUUGGUCUGUUACACAGGAAUAUGGCUUGAUCAUUGAUGGUGCUGCCCUGUCCUUAAUACUGAAACCAACCCAAGACGGUGGUACAAGUAACUACAAAAACCUGUUGUUGCAAAUAUGCCAGAGGUGUACUGCUGUCUUGUGUUGCCGCAUGGCACCGUUACAGAAAGCGCAGAUUGUAAAACUGGUGAAAAACACAAAAGAGCAUCCCAUUACUUUAGCCAUUGGUGACGGUGCAAAUGAUGUCAGUAUGGUUCUGGAGGCACAUGUUGGGAUUGGCUUAAAGGGCAAGGAAGGACGUCAAGCAGCCAGAAAUAGUGAUUAUGCAAUACCAAAGUUUAAACACCUACAAAAACUGCUGCUCACUCAUGGACAUUUGUACUAUAUCCGGAUAUCACACCUUGUGCAAUAUUUCUUUUACAAGAAUCUAUGCUUCAUUUUACCUCAGUUUUUAUACCAAUUCUUCUGUGGAUUUUCUCAGCAGCCACUCUAUGAUGCAACUUAUCUUACACUUUAUAAUAUCAGCUUCACUUCUCUGCCAAUCCUGUUGUACGGUCUGCUGGAACAGCAUAUAAACAUUGAAAUACUGAAAAAAGACCCCUCCCUGUACAGGAACAUUGCCAAAAAUGCAUUGCUUCAGUGGAAACCUUUUCUUUAUUGGACCAUUCUCGGGCUUUUCAAUGGACUGGUAUUUUUCUUUGGAGCAUAUUUCCUUUACGAUAAUACAUCAUUGUUUUCAGGGAAUGGGCAGGUUUAUGGGAACUGGACUUUUGGAACAAUUGUCUUUACGGUUUUGGUAUUUACAGUUAAUUUCAAGCUGGUAUUGGACACACGAUACUGGACAUGGGCCAACCACUUUGUAAUAUGGGGCUCUUUAGCCUUUUUUGUCGUUUUCUCUUUCUUUUGGGGUAGCAUUAUAUGGCCUUUCCUGCAACAACAGAGAAUGCACUUUGUGUUUGCACAAAUGCUGACUUCUAUUUCAGCAUGGCUGGCUAUAAUUUUAUUAAUAAUUGUUAGCUUGGUGCCUGAUAUUGUGGUAAAACUCUUGAGCAGACCAGUGGGCAGAAGACAGCUGCAGAGAUAUUUGGUCUAUAACAAGGCUGCUGAUUCAGUUACGACCCCCAGAUCCCCUGUUGAACCACUUCUUGCAAGAUCUUUCUCAAUUGAAUCAUGAUUGGCAUUGACAGUGUGUAAGAUAUGCAGUGCCUGAAUUGCUGGCAUUUCGAUAUACUACAGAUAGUUCUUUAAUUGAAGUAAAAAAUCUGAAGAACUGAUUAAGCUGUGAAGAAAUAUUUAAGCAGUUGGAUUGAUAAAUCCAUAUUGAAACCACUUUCUACACUAUUGUGCCUCUGAUAUUAAAAGUUGGUAACAAACUGAUUGGAAGUAACCCCAAAUGGACAUCUGAAGAGUAUCUGAAUAUGAAUUUUACAUUGGUGAAGAUUUUCUGAUGAAGAUCAGAAAUUGUAAUAUGAUGUGUUCUAAGAAUGCACUUUUAAUUUAAUCACUGGACUGAGUUUAUUUUUGUUUUAUGGCUUUGUAAUGCAGUAUGUAACACAAUUUGGGACAAAAAAAAUCUUGGGGGCAAAAAAGUUUGACAUUGAUUACAUCUGAAUUGUCAUUCUUCCAAAACACAUUUUAUUCUCCAUUUCAGUAAUCAGGGAUUGUCAAAUUUAUGAAUUGUUAUAACAGCUUCCUGUACUUAAGUGAUAUGUUGCCUGUAAAUACUUACUAUCGGGUGGAUUAAACGGUUUGCUAAAUCUUGGUUAUAGUGAUGCACCAAGAAAUAUCCUGGCAAGUUUUUUACAUAUUAAUUUUUUCUAGUGUAAUUCAAAUGUUCCAUGGUCUAAAGUCAGUGAUCUGGGUAGAUAGGCAUGUUUUUCAAUGCUAAACCAAUGAUCAAUUGAUGCUCAUGAAUGAAGACAAGUGUGUCCUGUCUGUACCUCCAGUGGAUUUGUUUAGUUUUAUUUAAAACCAACUAAUUUAAAUUAGUAAAGUAGGAAUUGAGGUGGGCUCUAAACUGUGGUAACUGUCUUAAGCAUGACCUAAAGUCAGCAUUGUUCACUUUUUACCGAUAUGGAAUGUUUAUAAUUCAGAAGAUAUAGGAGUCCAUAAGAUGUAGUCUAGUUAUUAAGAAACUGCAAAGUCUGGAUCUUAAUUGAACUACAGUCUGAAAAAUUAUGUAUGCUGACAUUUUAUAUAUAAAAUAAGCUUCUGUAUAAACCUCAAAAAACAUGAAUAAAUAUUCUUUAGAAAAAA